GGUGCAUUGUGGAUACUGUUCUUGCUUCUGUCCUGUUUUCUAGCUGAAGUUGCCUCAGUCGAGCCGAUAAUGAGCAGGAGGUGCUCAGGUGUUUUAGUUUGUGAGUUUAUCAGGGCAGUAAACUGGUAAAUCCGAAGAGUUAGCAUCAACAAGCGGAAGUCCAGAUGAUGUUUUGAAAACACUGAGAGGAAGGUUAGAGAACUAGUACCGCAUGUACACAACCUGAGUUUACUUCACAGUUAGUGCUACGACUUUCCCCUCUUGUUACUUGGACUCACACAGGUUUGGACCACUCAGGAGAUGACUCAAGUAUGACUGUUUUUUAUGGAGGCUGAUGCUGCCAUGCACGUAUUUUUGUUCUAACAUUUUUCGGACUUCGUCGCGGUGCCUUAACAACAAACACAUGUCAGUCUGUGUGAAGGCUGUGUGUUUUGUUGGAAUGGAGGUAAAGCUGCACAGACUUCUGCUGGCUAGCUGCAUGAACUCCUCCAGGAUCACGUCAGCUGGAAAACGAGUUUUCAGCUCCUGCUGCUCUCUAACGUCACGAUUUGGUGGGAAUCAAACCCUCAUCCUUUUUAGUGGACCCACGUUGGCACACCAGCUAAAGCAAGCUGUGCCACUUGGUAACAGAAAGGUGGGAUUGCUCAGCAGGAGCUACGGUGAUGAUGGCUCUAAAUCCACAUGCUGUCAGAGGCCGGUUUUAUUGAGAGGUCAGUCUGCGGGGCUCAGGAAGGAGAUCCUGCUGCAAGGAGGAGCAACCUGGCCUGUGUCCGUUGUGCGCAGCAGAGUGACCGAUGCCCCUCUGUCCAGCGUGUCUCCAACUUUUGUCGUGAUGAAGUUUGAUCAGGAGGGAAAUGUGACAUCAUUUGAAAAGAAGAAGACAGAACUUUGCCAGGACCUACAACUUCAGGCUAGAGACCUUCGCUUCCAGCACAGCACCAGCCUCACAACCAGAAACAACUGCAUUAUCAUACGAAUGGCCUCUUUGAAAGUCAUCCUGACCCCAGAGUCCCUUUUGGUGUUGGAUUUCCGCGGUCUGGUUCUGGAACGCUGGCUGGUCCUGGAGCUUGCCCCCCAGCUAGCAUCACAAACACACUCUCUGCCCUUUGAGUUCAGAGCUUUGGAGGCCAUCCUGCAGCACAAGGUAAACUUGUUGCAAACCCGGCUCAACGAUGUUGAACCAGCCAUAUUGGACACUUUGGAGUCCCUCGUGGAUCCUAAAAUCCUUUCUGCAGAUAGAAGUAAGCUGCAUAUUCUGCUGCAGAACAGCAAGAGCUUGUCGGAGUUGGAAACAGACAUUAAAGUGUUCAAGGACUCUUUGCUGAAGAUCCUGGAUGAGGACGAGAUGAUUGAAGAAUUGUGUCUCACAAAAUGGACAGAUCCAAGAGUUUUUGAGGAGAGCAGUUUUGGUAUCGACCAUUGCGAGGAGAUGGAGCUUUUACUGGAGAAUUACUACCUGCAGGCCGAGGAGCUGGGCAACAAGGCCAGAGAGCUGAAGGGUCUGAUAGACGACUCAGAGAGUGUCAUCUUUAUCAAUCUAGACAGCCAUCGUAACGUGAUGAUGCGUCUGAAUCUGCAGCUGACAAUGGGUUCCUUCUCCCUGACCCUGUUUGGUCUGAUCGGAGUAGCUUUUGGAAUGAAUUUAACGACAGUCUUUGAAGAUGAUCCUCGUGCCUUCUGGCUGGUAACUGGCUUCAUGUUUUUGGGCAGCGGGCUAAUAUGGAGACGCCUCCUAUCAUUUCUAGGACGACAUUUAGAACCCUCAAUUCCGCCUUUGAUCCCUCCCAUUUGGAAAAGAAAUAUAAAACCAUCAGAUAUUAAGGCUGGAGUCAGAUGAGGACCUGGUUUCAACUUUGAAAAAAACAGAACAGGCCCCACGGCUGUGAAGAUCUUAUCACCAUGCCUAUAAGACACCAUGAGUCUCACCUCUUUGUUUCCCUUUCUCUGCUAUUAGUAGACUCUGAGGUUUUAUCCAUUUUAAUCUGUCUGUAUUAUUGGGUUUUUUCAUAUCCUCAAAUGGAUAUUUUCAUAACCUAUUUCAAAUUCAGAGUAAAGGCACAGAAUAUUGCUUGGUUGGUCUUAAAGCCAUGGGAAGUGAGUUGCAGAGCUAGACCAAAAACAGAUUACCAUCCUAACUAUGAAAGGAGCUGUAAUAUAAAAAGGGGUUUAUCCAUAAGUAGAUGUAUAUUUAUUUUAUUAUGAAAUUUAAAUAUCUGUGUUAAAAAGUUAAAGGUCAGCCUCAAACUUAUACACAAGGAAUGGCUUUGAUUUUAAACCAGAGUGCUUACAGUGUGGCUCACACAGCUUUGGAAAGAAUGACUUUAUCAGAUGACAAUCUGGUAUGUGCUGUAAUUGCUAACAUGUGUCAUUAAAAUGCACUAAUGCACA